AUAACGAUCAAUACGAUUAAUAUUACACUUCUUAUUUUCGAAAUGGCUACAAUAUCACCCCAAGUUCUUGUUUUAUUUGAAAACUUAAAUAAACGUCAGUUAGAACUAGAAAAUAAAGUUACACAAUUGAAAAAUGUAAUAAUCUUGUUAACUCAACAAGAACUUGCUGCAGAGAUUAGGAAUGGUGUAAAAGAACUCGAAAAGUGGAUAGAGGAUAUAAAGGAAAUAGCAGAAGAACAGGAAACAGAUAAAGAGAAACAAGUUAUUAUGCAAAAGUUACAUAGAAAUGAGGAACAAUUCAAACAAUUACAAGUAUCAAUUCGAAGAGCCAUUUUAACAUCUAAACAAAAUAUUGAAAAAGAAGCUAAAAUAGAACGUGAAAUGUUAUUAGGUCGUGGUCAUGGUAAACAAGAAGUAUUUGAAAUGAGAAGGCGUAAUCUAACUUCAGAGGACACACUUUUACAUUCUGCAAGUGAUGUCACAGAAUCAUUACGACGAACGACUCAAUUGAUGGAACAAGAAAUCGAACGAAGUGCCUAUUCAGCGAAAAUACUUGAUGAAUCUUCUCGUACGUUAAAGACGACUUUUAAUGAAUAUAGGGGAUUUUCUUCAGUGGUACGCAGUUCAAAACAGCUGAUUACGAAAUUGGAACAAAGUGAUUGGACAGAUAGAUUACUUAUCCUCUUUGGUUUAUUCGUGUUUCUGCUUGUUGUAGUGUACAUUCUAAAGAAGAGAGUGUGGAAUACUGGGUUCGGAUGGGUAUCUUGGUUUGCAUCUUGGAUUAUAUGAAGAGGAUUUUAAAAUUAAUAAUUCGACUUUUAAUUAUAAAAAAACUUUUUAAUAAUUGUAAUUUAAUUGAAUUUCUGAAAUUGCGUUAAAAUUUCUUCGUAAUCUUUAUUAAUUGGAACAAAUGGAGCAGUUGGAAUAAUUAGAAUAGUUAAAAAUAAAUAGAAUAAUUGGAAAAGUUGAAAUAGCCAAUAAAUUUUAAAUCAACAAAUGAAAACAUAUAACGGCUAUUAACUUGAUUUAAAAUUAUUAAAUUUAUUUUUAAUUAUUAUUAAGUAUUAAAAAAAAUAAUAUUAAAAAAUCUAGUUCUUAUGGUCUGAAAUUGUC